AGAGCGAAGCAAAAGGCCCAGAAGGGAGUUGUGACGGGCUACCCGAUAUAUCCCUACUACAUCGAGAAAAGAGGUGGUGUCGGGAGAAGUCGGGCUCAAGUCUGGGGUAAGAACGUGUAUGGAUAUUGAUCUAAAGCAAGGUGAGGUGGCACUGGCGAGACGAGGUAUAAUGGACGGACGACUAUGAGAUGGUGAGGGAGGGGAGCCAUCUCAUGACUUCUGAUGGUCCGGCCGGCCGGUGGCCAUCAUUACAAGGACAUCAAGGGACAUUGGUACAGAACAGAGUACAGGACUGUACAUCAGGACGUCUCUGCAACCCCAAACGCCACGUGUGUCUCAUCCAGAAGCAUGUGCAUGGUGGCUUCGGGAGAGCGCCAGGAGGUCGGCCCAGCUGUGCCUAUCAGCGACAGCAUCUAGAACUCUGGAGGCUGUCAGCUGUCGACCCCUUGUGCCCCUUGUGUCCCAUUUCGCGGAGACGUGGGAUGCAGGGUUGGUGGGGUUUUGAGGGGUCGCGGGGAAACGGAGAGGAGGAACUGGUGGCCGUCGGAGCGUCGCCGAGAUGGGGGGGAAAGGAGGAGAAAAACCUGGGGUUGAGGAGAGGCAUGUGGCGUGAUGGGGAACUGGUCUCCUGUUUUUCGUGAACGUCUCCUGUUUACAUAGGGCCGUUUAGGAGGUCCUCGUCUACACAUCCGGGCCGAGGAGCAUGAGAUGGUGCUAUGCUAAGGCGGCAUUAUUGAGGCUUUACUUUGCACAUGCCACACACGGUGAACAUGACGAAUAACUGCGGCAAAGGCGAG